GACCUCAGGCUGCCUCAGGAGAGUGAAGUGUGCUAAGGGCCUGGCAGGUAGAACUCUGGCCCUGUGUGAGGUGAAGUAUGGUUGCCAGGUGACUGUCCAGGGUGGCCACAAGCUGCUUGCUGUGCUCAUCCCUCAGCUGUACCAUCCUGGUUCUGUUCCUUGCCUUGCCACCAUGGCACGACAUCUCAAUAUGGACACCAUGCGGCAAAACUUCUGGAAGGAGGAAUAUCUAAGGGAGAUGAUGUUGCGCUGUGAAUGGCACCGCAAGUAUGGGUCAUUGCUGAAGGCCAACCAGAAGGCUAAAGCUGCAGCUCGCCUGCCCCUCAAACUGCCUACCCUGCAACCGGAGACCCCACUCCCAGCCCCACCUGGCCCCAAAGCUAGCCCUGCCAAGGCUCCCAGCCUUGUCCCAGAGGCUCUUCCUCAGUCAGAAAUGUACCCUGUAGAGCCUGCCAUCCGGGCCCUGCUGUUUGAAGGCAUCUCCCAUGACUUCCAAGGGCGCUACCGCUAUCUCAACACCCGGAAACAGGACAUUCCAGAGAAACGCUACUUCUUCCCCAUCACCACCAGCUUCACGUAUGGCUGGCAACUGGGCCCUGCAGCCAAGCAAGCAAAGAUCUCCUGCAAGAUGUGCGAGAUCGAUUCAUUCUUCCGCAAGAACGGGGCCUUUGCACUGCUUGACCCCCGGGACCUGGCCUUGUGAAGUGGGCCAAUCAUGGGCUCAGGAGGGAAGGAAAUAACUGGCCUCCUGGUGGAGGCGGCGUGUCUGUCUGUCUGUGUGUCUGCUCUCCGGCCCUGAGGCUGCAUUCUGGCUUUUCUGAAACUACCUGGGACCUGGAGGUUGCCCUCUUGGCAUUUUCAUUAACUCCUUUCUCCUUAGAUAUCUCUAGGGAGCCAGCCGUGGCCAGACGGCUGGAAA